GGUGUGGGUAGGCGCUAACGUGCAGUAUGGCGGACGAUGGGGAUGGAAGGAGUGGAGCAGGUGACACUAGUAACGGGCAGGGUACAACAGAGGAACCUGAAUCAGGUCUCGGUCCACACGGGAUGCUGCUGAACAUCAGUGUUUUAGUCCUAAUACUGGCUCUCUGCUACGGAAUUUACCGGAGAUGGGGUAGGCGGAUCGGCGCAGACGCGGCCCAGGGAAAUGAGGCCUCGUCCCUGCCUAAGAUGAGAAGACGUGAUUUCACUUUGGAGCAACUGAGAGAAUACGAUGGUGUUCAAAACCCCAGGAUCCUGAUGGCAGUUAAUAUGAAAGUAUUCGAUGUGACCAGUGGAAAAAAGUUUUAUGGACGUGAUGGACCAUACGGGAUCUUCGCUGGGAGGGAUGCGUCAAGGGGCCUGGCCACUUUCUGCCUGGAGAAGGAUGCCCUGCGGGAUGAAUAUGACGACCUGUCUGAUCUCAAUGCAGUGCAGAUGGAGAGUGUCAGGGAAUGGGAGAUGCAGUUCAUGGAGAAAUACGACUAUGUGGGCAGGCUCCUGAAGCCAGGGGACGAACCCUCAGAGUACACCGAUGAAGAGGAUAUCAAGGAUCACAUGAAGCUGGAGUGAACCAAUCACAUGACCAAAGCGCGGACCCAAGACAGCUGCAAUCACCCUCCCCUGCCCGCUCCUCCCCGAUUCCUCUCCUGCUCAUUCCUCCUUGUCUGUCCUGGAACUGCCCCGCCCUGAUCCCUCCCCCUGCUCGCUCCUGUUCUGUCUAGUCCUGCAGCUGCCUGGAAGUGCCCCGCCCCGAUCCCUGCCCCUAUCGUACACACUUCCAACAACAUCAGUGAUGGGUACUGUGGAUUUUAAUGAUUCGACACGUCUGGUUUGGUGCUGCCAACUUGAGUAUAAAUACAUUUUUAUACGUUUUCCCUCAAAACUGUUCUGUAAUGUCCUAAGCAUUAUGGUUGUGCCGCAGGGAGCUGAGGGCAGCCAGAGGAGUUUGUGUGGCUGGGGUGUGGAUGUUGGCCGGGAGAGGAAUAUUAUUGUCAUUUUUCUUGUCAUGUGCACCUCGCAUACGUUUAGCUUUAGCAUUUGAUUUUGUAAUCUUAUCAAGCAUCAAUGAGGCUGGUAUUGAAAUAAAAAACAAAACAAAGCAAAAGUAAUUCCUGGGUGAUUGCAGGGCACUGGCCAUCCAAAUGAGUCAGUCUCCUGGUGACUUUCUUUUACCACUGUGUUUGUAUGGUGUGCACUACUAGUCUUUCAGCUUGUUACCAUGUGAUUGUACCCAUGGCGGUUUAGUGGUCCUUGCCAUUGAGCUGCUCAAAUCACUCAAGUCGAAUUGCCGUUUGGGGAAAAAGGGAAUGUGAUCUGUUUGUGAAGAGGUAUUAGUUUGACCGUUUGAAUUCACCAACUGUUUACAUGCCACAGAAGUCAGCUGUAAGUCUGUAAUCCCCACAUAUGGUCAGAGUAUUUAUUGUGCCUUAUUUCAGUUGUUUUCUACUAAACCCAGAAAUUAUUCUCUGUUGAUGUGUUUGGUGUUGCAAAGAUCAAAGCUAAGAAAAGGUUCACACUUUAACUAUUAUGCUUCAACCAAUUUGUGAUUUAUUUAAUCGGUAUGUUGGGAAAAGUUUUGCACAAGUACUAGUUUGCAGAACCGCACUAGCCUUUAGAAUUGUGGUUAGAACCGUAGAAUGGUGGAGAUUUGGAUCAGCAGAUGAUAUUGAUAAAUAGCUUGGAGCAUAAGAAUUGGUGUGCUUUUCUUCUCUUUUGAUAUCCAGUCAUUGAACUCAGCACCUUACAAAAACUUGCAAGAGGGUAUCUUAAUCUGUUCAUUUUGGUGUUGUAAAGAUGCAUUUCCUUAUUGAACUGUCAGACUGAAGGCAUGCUCUCGUUGGUCUAAAUGCAGACAAGGUGGCUUUCCUCUGCCCCAGUCCUGUACAUAAUCUCUAACUAUACUCAGUGUUACUGCCAUAUUUCUGUAGUUGAUGAAAACCAUAUACUACUGUGUUGUAUUGGCCAAAAGCCCCAUGCUUUAUAUUGUUUUCUCUCUUUCUUAGAGUUUUGUUUUUCUGUAGAGGUUCUUAUGUGUGGGGAAUUUCAGCAAUGUGUAAAAUGGAGGCAGGUGAGACCUGGGAAAAUGCAGAUCCUGUAAAUAUAUGUAUCAUUUUAUUAAAGCAUGUGCAACAAAAGUAAGCUGUGCACUCCAGCUUUAUGUAUUUAAAUGUGUGUGUGUGUGUGUGUGGCAGGGGAAUGAACAUGUUUAUGCAUAAUAAACAAUUUGGUUAUUUACUAAUUUGUUGGUUUUAUAUUUAGUUCACUAAAAUGAAACAGCCCACUUUGAGUUCAUGUGGGGAUGGUAUUUACAGGCACAUGCAUAUGUUUCAGUUUGAGAGAGGUGUGUGCAUUUAAAUAUUCUGAUUUAUCUGAACUUUGAUACAAUGGCUGCACACUGGAGAAUGUUAACCCAGUGAGACCUGGCUGGGUUCGUAGUGUGUGUAU